UAAAAAGAUUGCAGGAAAAAAUAACAUAUUCACAACACAAAACUUAUUGGUGUCAGAAAGCCACAAAUGAACUGCUGAAACUAUGUCUUGUUUGUUUCCUGCCUAUGUAUCCACCAAUAAACAGCAGCAAAAAACUGGAGAUGAGUCGGUAUUCGGCAGAGAACAUGCGCCUUCCGCUGUUUGUGUAACCAACGAUGUUACUCCCCAGUGGUUGGAAAAUCGAAGUUUCAAAAGUGAUGAUGCCCUUCUUUUACAUCAGAGACACCUGGGCCAGAAUCAAAGGAAUAAAAGUGAGGAUUCAAAUGGAGAACCAAAGCAGGAGGACACACAGACGACAGUAGUUUGUGAUGUCAAAAUAGAAGAAGAAGAAAAAGUAAAGGAUUGUUUAGAAAGUCGUGAUGGCAAGAUUCACAAGAAGAAACAUAAACGGCGCCACCUCUCUGAGAGUCCCAGUAGGAAGGACUAUCGAAAAAAACACAAGUCACAUCAUUUUUCUGGUACAACUGACAGUGAAGCCAAGAAGAAACAACAUAGGAGACUUCCCUCUCCAAGCCUUGGGAAAGAUUAUCACAAGAAAAAACAGGAAGAGGAUCAGGAAAAAAAGAGCAUGAAAGAGAGCAGAGAAUCUGGUGAUAGAAGCCAACACAAGCACAAACACAAGCAUAGGCACAGACGUGACAGACGUGAUGAAGAUAGGACAAAAAGGAGAGAGGAAGAUAAAAAGCAGGAAAAAGAAUCACACAAUGUUAAGCCUAAUGCAAAGAAGAUGGUUGUUAUUCCACCUGGGAAGGUUUUCAUUGAUGACAUCAAGGACCUAUCACCAGAGAAUGCCUUUCGAGUGGACCGCAAACCUGACAAAGUUAAUGCAGAAUUCGAAUCCAUCUACAAAAUGAAUGUGGCAAAAUACAGAUGUCCAAAAUAUUGCCUUGGGCAAAGUAGUAGUCAGCUCUUCAUAUCCAAAGGUGAUAAAAAGUCUAAAUCUGACUGCGUGUUGGAUCGUUAUUUCUCUAAAAACAAGCUGAAACUGAUUUAUGAUGAUCAAAAUGUGCUCGAUUUAAACAUUGAUAAGAGUUCUAAAAAUUCUGAGAAAUUUAGAAAGCCAAAAUCUGAAUCCUCAGAUUUCUUAGAAAUUACCAAGACAAAGCCAGAGAAUUCAGAAUACAAUCCUUUGGGUGUGUAUGAUCAGAAAACUGCAAUGUACAUUCAAGGGGUUGGUGGGGUCGCAGCGAAAGAUGUUGAUCCUCCUGCUGAAAGUUCAGUUGAGGGUAAUUUCAAGGAGACCGUGUCAGAGAGCAUGAAAAGACGAACUGAGGAUUUCUCGCGUUGCUUGAGAGAGAAACCAUAUGAUAUUCAAAUGUGGCUAGAAUUUGUCAAGUUCCAGGACGAGGUUUUGGAGUGUGAAAUGGCAGCCGAACGGGACUCUGGUGCCAAAUCCAACAAAGGAAAGAAACAGGUUUUCCUUGUGGAGAAAAAACAAGCUGUGAUUGAUAAAGCUCUUCAGAAAAACCCUAACAAUGUCAAGUUACAGUUAACUAAAUUGGAGUUGCAUUCUAAUGUUUGGGAUUCAGAUACAAUGAUGAAGGAAUGGGAAACUCUUGUCCUCAGUCAUAUUGGUGAUGUGACAUUGUGGAAGGAGUUCCUCCUGUUUGUGCAAUCAUCGUUCUCAAGGUUUUCAGUUUCAAAGGUCAUCAAACAGUACACGAUGUGUAUGAGGACACUGAGAGAUUUGCAGUUGAGGAAGCCAAAAUACCAACAUGUUGCAGUGCCAAAGGACAUAGAUCAACACAUUUUAGGUAUUUUCCUUCAGUUCUGCUAUUUCCUGAAGCAAGCUGGUUUUGCUGAGAAAAGUAUUGCCCUCUUCCAAGCCAUGAUCGAGUUCAAUCAUUUCAUGCCUGCAGUGCUACACCAAGCUCCGAGGGAGGAACAGGUUGCAUUGUUUGAACCAUUCUGGGAUAGCUGCGUGCCAAGGUUUGGGGAUGAAGGGGCUAUCGGUUGGUCAACAUGGAUACUGGACAAGUCAACAAAUUUCCCGCCUCCAUUGGUGUCUGCAGUGGAUGAAGAUGAUGAUGACAUCCUUGACAAGACACUGCCCCGAAAUCAAAAUUGGCUAGCCGUUGAGAAGCAUCGUGAAGGAACAUUUUGGUUGCCAUGGAGACCAGAUAUCACAAAAGGUCAAGGUCAACAGGACUGUGAGGAUCCAGAUAGACUUGUUCUCAUUGAUGACAUCACAGAUUUCCUUGUGACCUUUUCUGAAGAAGUGAAAGCAAAACUAGUGCUCAGUUUUCUCUCAUUUUUGGGUGUUUCCAAUCAUCGGGUGAAGGAUUCAGUUGGAAAAAUGGCCGUUAUUCACAAACCCAUCCAAGAUCUUCCCAAUCAGAUGUCCUGUCCAAAAUCUUCAGAAUCGUUGGACUUUUAUCAGACUUUGAAUUCUUUCCCAUCCUCUGAUGAUUCAAUACUCCAAAGCUUUGCAACAGAACUCUUCAAGCAAGUCUGUAAACUUCUUCCUACCGAGACAAGGCAGGAUGUGACUGUAGCGUGGAUGACAUCUGAGAUCAAUAGGAUGAAAAAUUGUGCUGGUUCUGAAAAGAAAGUAAAGAAGCAUCUUUACAAAGAAGUGAAAAAGUUUUGCAAAACAAUCCUGCAGGAACAAUCCAAUCGGAGUUGUUUAGAAUUGUGGGAGUUGUAUGGCAGGUUUGAAUGGUGCUACGGCAGUGUCGUGGAUGCCAGUAAAGUGUUCGAUAUGGCCAUUGGUAUGCACUGCAAAGAUGUUGUGAAUUUGAGCGGUUCACAGCAGCUUCAAGCUGUCAAACUGUGUUUCAGUUACUGUGAGUUGAUCCUAGGACUUCAUGAACCCAGACUUGUCCUUUCGAAAAAGAUUGGGUUGCGUGAGUCGCAGGUGGCGCAUGUCCUUUACAUACUAACAUGUUUGAUUGGUGCUGCUGAGUUUGCUGUGCCGUCUGCUGUGAAAAACACAACUCCGCCACAGAUGCUCAAAGCAAAGAAACAUUUCGUUGACUUUUUGAAAACGACUUUGGAUAAUUUCCUCAGUGCUCUUCAGCAAAAUCAGGAGUUCCAAACACUUGGUGAACUUGCAAUGACAUGGACUGAGUGUUAUGCUCUUUACCAGUAUUUAGGUCUAGGAAUAAAAGCUGCAGCGGUCGUGAUGGAAGAAACCAUUGACAAGAUCAAGCCUUUCACUAUUACAAAGUAUACUCCACUGAGCACAAGUGGCGUUAUGAAAUCGGACAUUUCGACGUACUUUGAGAAACUUCAUGUCUCUUAUAUCAAGCUUCUUACAUUCCACUUGAGUACGACCUAUGCCCCUCUCAGCAUCCUGCGCAGUCCCCUGAUGAGGGGCCUGCAGCUGUUCCCUGAUAAUCCAUGCCUACUAUCCACAUUCAUCGAGAUGGAGGCCAGCUCACAUAUCGCUGGUAGGGUCAGGAAGUACUUCGAUCACAGUGCUAGGUCUGGGUCCAUCACAAAUUGGUUCUUUGCUAUCCAUGCUGAACUUCUGAGGAAGCAGUCGCUGUUGGAGUCAUUGGCAAAUGGAGAUCAAGUCCUCGAAAGGAAAUAUUCAGGAAAAGAAGCCAAUCCUGACUUGGGCAUUGCCAACAGGAUACGGUCAUUGUUUGAGAAAGCAACAGCGUCACAAGGUGGGAAAACAUCUAUUCUUCUGUGGAGGAUGUUUGUACACUUUGAGGUUUCAGAAGGCGACCAGUCCAGAGCAAGAGCUGUCUUCUAUAGAGCCCUGCAACAUUGCCCAUGGGCUAAGAGCCUGUACAUGGAUGGUGUGAGUUACUUCCCAGAUGACUUCCAGGAUGUGACUGACUUGAUGACAGAGAAGGAGGUUCGAGUGCGCUGCCUGCCGGAGGAGCUGGAUAUUCUGCUCGAGGACGGAGAGGACCAAAUAGAGGGAGAGCCCGCUGGUGAUGGGUCAUGAUGAUGCCAAACCUAAUCAGAAGACAUUCUUGCAACUUGGUGACUGUUCAGAGUGGGGAGCCGAUUCAAAGACAUUUUUUGAAUCAGUUGUUGUGAAUAUAACUUAGACAGAUAAAGAUUGAUGAAGCAAGGUCAUAAUCAAAUGAUGAUUGAAAAGAGGGGAUAUAUAAUUGCUGGUAAAUUUCAGGGCCCAGUUGUUCAAAAUGGUUCUAUUUGAUAGACGUUUACUUGAAUGAUGCUCAGAAGCCAUUUGACAAGAUUAUAAGGACCUGUGUUCAUGGUUAAAAGGUAGAGCAUUUCAAUAAAGACU